GGAACUUGCAGCCGCUGAACACCUCAAAGUAAACUGCCUUCCAAAAAAAAAAAGCCAGGUGAGAUCGGGUCAGUGAGUCAACGCGAGGCCACGGCGGGGAACUUCGCUAUCACGCCGCUUCCCUGUGUCUAAGGGUGAAGAUCAUCCCACCCCCGAGGCAGCAGUCAUGAACUGGUCCGCUUUGGAGUCCCUCCUCAGUGGGGUCAACAAGUACUCCACCGUGUUCGGCCGCAUGUGGCUCUCCAUGGUCUUCGUCUUCCGGGUGCUGGUGUUCGUGGUGGCGGCCCAGCGGGUGUGGGGCGACGACAGCAAGGACUUUGUCUGCAACACGGUCCAGCCGGGCUGCGCCAACGUGUGCUACGACCACAUCUUCCCCAUCUCCCACAUCCGCCUGUGGGCCCUGCAGCUCAUCUUCGUCACCUGCCCGUCCCUGAUGGUGGUGGCCCACGUCAAGCUACGCGAGAAGAAGGACAUGCAGUACACCGCCUCGCACGAGGGCGCCCAUCUGUACGCUCACCCGGGGAAGAAACGAGGGGGGCUGUGGUGGACGUACCUGGUGAGUUUGAUUUUCAAGGCAGGCUUCGAUGCUGGCUUCCUCUACAUCCUGUACUACAUCUACGACGGCUACGACAUGCCCCGCCUGUCCAAGUGCUCCCUGCAGCCCUGCCCCAACACGGUGGACUGCUACAUAUCGCGCCCCACUGAGAAAAAGGUCUUCACCAUCUUCAUGGUGGUCUCCUCUGCCCUGUGCAUCUUAAUGUGCAUCUGUGAGAUGAUUUACCUCAUCUGCAAACAAAUCCAGAAACUCAUCAAGAAGAAGUACAAUGCACGGCAGAAGCGGUUUGCCGAGAAUCAUGAGAUGACACCGCUGGCUGUUCCCAGGUCAGAGAUCAGGUCCAGGAUGUCGCUCAGUGUCGAUCCUGCGGCUUCUAUCCAAAAUCUCAGCAACGCCAGGAAAGAGGAAAAUGACGCACAACAGAGUCGUGGCCUUGUUGGAAAAACUGUGCGAAGUACUCAAAGGUCCACUGCAAGCAUUCAUCAGAGCCAAUGAGGAACUGGUGCUCCACACCAAAGAGAUAUCCAUCAAUUCAGCGAUAUCUGAGGCAGCAUUUUAUAAAUAGAGAGAGAGAGAGCGCAUGUGUGUGGAUUUGAGCAUGUCUGUGUGGCCGAUGGUUCAGUUUGUUUGAGAUGUUUUUUUGAACCCUCUCCCCGAGAAUAAACACUGCCCCCUAACGUAUGAAAAAAGAUAAAGCAUGUGGCAGCAUUUCCUCGCUCUUAUGUCCCACUGACACACAAAAUGCAUGAACACAUUGUGGAAUGAUACAACAUAUGUUUAAAACAGCAUUGAUCCCUGGGGGGGGGGGGGGGGGGAUCC